ACAGGGAAAAAAAUUGAAUUGCACACAUUGGCAGCGUAAUAUUGAUGUCUUCAUCCAUUCACUGCCUAGCAGAACAUUAAGAAUUGCCCCCAUCACUAAAAGUCACAUUUUGCAUGGCUACUAGUUUAGUGUAUUUAUGGUGCAUGAGUCACUGAGCUUUCUCCUGAUUGGCUGAAAAUUAAACACCCCUGGGACUGUCAGUCAGUUACAGCCAUUCUCAGCUUCAUUCACAGAUUUAUUUCGCUUGCACACAGGGAAAAUUCAUUCAGAAAACUUCAUUCAUAAAAACUGCAACAUUCUCUUUCUUUUAAUCUUCCAUACAAAUAAGCUACCAUGACCUGGCUACCGAGGAAAACCUACGGAUGACUCGAAAGGCUGCUGGAGAUGCUGAACUGUAAUGUUUCCACUGACUGAUGAUGAAUCUGAAGUCCAAUUGUGCCGGAUCAUAAAUCUACGAGGAGUAUUUUGCUUAUUGUGGUGCUAAAGGAUCUUUCAAGAAUUACCAGGGUUUUACUGAGAGAAACUGAGUUUCAUCUGCAGAAUUAUUUAACAUGGGAUCUUCUCACCUACAUUUCUGUGAAUUAAGAAUUUUUAAAAUUGCAUUUUUCCCCCCGACAGAGAAAUUCAGCAUUAAUAUGCCAAUGAAAAAUCUCCUUUCAAUGCUGCUGUUCUAGGAAAGGUAGAAAUUUAAUCUCUCUUGUGCUGUUUUGGUAUGAAAUAGUGUUUUCCUUUCUCAUUUUGAAUAUAUUUAGAUAGAAUUAAUUGCAGCCAGGGUUUGAUUAUUGCUAAAAUGGGGCUAUGGUAGUGAGAGGUCAAAGCAGAGCCUGCUUGCAUGCUUGCAGAGCUCUUCAGAAUAAACGGUUGUAGCUUUCUCUGGUUUACCUGCAUGCAUGCAUGCAUGUGUGUGUGUGUAAAUUUAAUUCAGAUUUAAUUCCAAAUAGCCAGAUGUCCAGACAGAGCGAGGCUCAGUUUAUUAAAAGGAAGAAGUCGCCUGGGAACCUGAAGAGGACACCAGUGACAACCAAAUCUGCUCUUUUCUUCUUUCUUUUCAAAAUAGUUCUGGUUUGCCUGAUUCCAUAUUUCUUUCUCUUAUUUAUAAAAAGGCGGCCGAUUUAGAGGAGGGUGGGGUAGGGAAAGAGAACCCAGUUGCAGAACUUUGAAGGCUAUGAGAGAACGCAUUCCACACAGCCUCGGCGGACACAUACUAUAUGUAGGACUGUUGAGAGACCUAGGAAUGCUUCACAGGGCUAAGUACAGUCGUUUUAAAAAUGAAUCCCUCACAUCACUGGAGGAAGAUGUGCAGAGCCGUCCUUUGCACCUUAAAGGCUCUUCGUCGUCUCAUUCCUCAACGCCUAACAUGCCCAUUGAAGAUGUCACCAUAGGGACGCCGGACAGCUCUGUCGCUCUGUGCACCUUGAUCCCUCGGAUGGCUAAUAUCAAGCUGGCCAACCCUUCCACCCUACCAAGCUUCAAGAACUUCUGCCUACGGACUAAGGAGGUACCAAGAAUUAAGCUCACAGAAUGCCAAACUGUCCCGAACAGCCCAACCUUGCCAGAAAUCAAUUUAACCAGCUGCCUGACUGCUUCUUAUUCCCGGGGAAACCCAGACAGGCCAACAAAAGCCAAAACAAAUAUCCAAGAGGACAGUUUCUUGUCUGGCUCUGAGGAAUCGGCUUUCAUAUCUAAACAGGAAAAAGACUGUAGGCAGAGGGGUGAAUCCAGUUUGGAGACUGGGAUAUCAUACGCCGUCCAGUAUAUGGGCUGUAUUGAAGUGUUGCAGUCAAUGAGAUCUCUGGAUUUUGGCACUCGGACACAAGUUACCAGGGAAGCAAUAAGUCGGCUGUGUGAAGCUGUACCAGGAACACAAGGAGGCGUAAAAAAGAGGAAGCCUCCAGCUAAAUUUUUAUCUCCAGUACUUGGUAAAAGCAACCUUCAGUUUUCUGGCAUGAAUACAAAACUGACCAUCUCAACAACCAGCCUCACUCUACUGAACAAUGAGACCCAGCAGAUUAUUGCGAAUCACCACAUGCAGUCCAUUUCAUUUGCUUCUGGAGGUGAUCCUGAUACAACAGACUAUGUCGCCUAUGUUGCUAAAGACCCCGUUAAUCAAAGAGCCUGCCAUAUACUGGAAUGUCCCAGCGGAAUAGCCCAGGAAGUCAUAAAUACCAUAGGGCAAGCUUUUGAGCUCCGUUUCAAACAGUACUUGAAGAAUCCUUCCACAAUGAUUGCUUCCAAUGAAAGAGAAGUUGUUAAUCUUGGUGGAUCCACGUGGAAUAUUCAGGAUAAGGAAGAUCAUGAAUACUAUAAUGAAAUCCCAGGGAAAGAACCUCCUGCAGGUGGACUAUUAGAUGCCAGGCUGAAGGUGCCCGCAGAACAAAGAACUAAGUGCCCUGUGCACUAUGAACAGCAAUAUUGUCCAACUGGGAGCCCCAAAUCCACAAAUAUUUAUGAAAACUGCCCAGAGGAGAACAAGGCAGUAGGUGGCUGCACUGAACAAGGGCAGGGAGCAAAGAAAGAUGCUUCAUUGCUGAAAAAUGCAAGCAAAAUGGAUCUUUUUGAUGACCCUCGAUAUAUCAACACUCAGAAUUUGCAGACCAUACCUAGUACUACCAGAAACCGCGCUGCAGAACAGACCUGUGGCAGCCCUGUUCACCAUUCAAAAUCAUUGGAAGAGGUUGAGCAGAACCUGACAAGUCUUGGAAGCAUUGCAGGCACACAGCAGCAGCUGUGGAAUGAAGAAUGCUACCAUGGAAAGUUAACCAGGAAAGCAGCAGAGAGCCUCUUAGUGAACGAUGGGGAUUUUUUGGUGCGUGAAAGUACGACGUCACCUGGCCAGUAUGUUUUGAGUGGGCUACAAGGAGGACAAGCGAAACAUCUGUUGUUGGUGGAUCCCGAAGGCAAGGUUAGAACCAAAGAUCAUGUGUUUGACAGUGUGGAUCAUCUCAUUCGUUACCACAUGGAAAAUAAUUUGCCAAUAAUCUCUUCUGGAAGUGAAUUAAAUCUGAAGCAGCCUCUGAGGAAAGGGACUGGACACCCGCAAUAGAACAAAUAAUUAGGUUGGCUUACGCCAUCCUCAAGACAAUUCCUCCUUUCUUUUUCCUAACAAAACUUCAAGUGACUAUUGUGAAACAUGGAUCCUAGGAAUCCAGCUCUGCAAAGAAUAGAUGAUGCCUCUAGAUGCUGUUACAAAAGACUUUGUGCGUGUGUGUUAUCUACUUGCCAGUCUGUUUAUCUACUUUACAUCUAUACAGUCCCAUCUGGACAGCUACAACAGUUUUACCUUACAGAAAUAAAACCCUGGAGAGCAAGAGAGAGAGGAGAUACCAAGCACCAGAAUCACUUUCUAAUGAUUUUUAGAAUCAGUAUGAAAUAUAAAAGCACAAGCAAAGGAUCACAAGCAAAAGCAAAACUGACUUGAAGAAACUGGCUGGAAUGAUAGAAAUAUGUGCCUUUUAACCAAGGAGGUGUGGGGAAAUAAAUAAUCUUUAUACUGGAUAAAAAAAAAAGUUGAUUAAUUUGUCUAGGUAUACAAUAUAUGAUUGCCAAAAAAAA